UUGAAUCACUUAAUUUCUUCUAUAUCGUAAUUCUUCUAUAAAUAUUAUAAUAAUUAUAUUCUUAAUCUUGUUGGCUUACAUUAUUUUGAUAAAUCGAUCAAUCGAAAUUGGAUAGCUACAACAAUUCAACAUAAUAGAAGGAGACGUGCUCAAUGUUCAUAUCCAACCAUAUUUUUCUAAACCGGUUAGUAUACAUGUUGAUCAGUAGUAUAUAAUUCCAAAACCGUCUCCUAGCUGGAAUCGGCGCUGUGAGUGAAGGGGGCGGUGUAUGGUACUCAGCGUAUCGAAAAGAUAUGUCGUCGAUAUUUUACAGUCAGGCUUUGUUCGACACCACCAACACACGAGGUUGUUCUUCAACACUAUUUUAUUUGUUCGUCGACGACGUCUUUGCGCCCCCAAAUACAAAACAGCUGUUGCAGUUUACAAGAUGUCUGAAGAUCUCUUUAAAACUUUUGAUGAAAGGUGGACUCUAACUUUCAUAUCACCUUUUGAAAUGGCCAUAGCUAAUUUUCGUUACACUGGCGUCGGGGAUCAAGUGACAUGUCAUUUUUGCAAAAAACUAUUUUUUGAUUGGCAACCGGGCGAUAAUCCAUUACGUGAACAUAUUCGUCUAUCACAAAAAUGUCCAUAUGUUGUGUACGCUAUGAAGUUAAUAAAAGGUCGUUUGUUAACAUUCAGUAAUUGGAGUGUCGAAUUUUUAAAUCCUUAUGGAAUGGCCCAAGCUGGUUAUUUUUACACGGGCGUUCAAGAUCGUGUAAAAUGUUUAUUAUGUAUGACAGAAUUUGGUAACUGGCAGCAGCAUGAUUUUCCAUUUGAUAAACAUGCUUUUCAGUCUCCACAAUGUCCAUAUGUUAUUGAAAACAGAAAUUUUUUUAUUAAGACUGCUCUUAGCCGACCUACUAUAGAGUUAAAAAAUAUUAAUGAUCGGUUACAUUUUGAGGGUAUUAUUAUAUUCUUAAAACCUCUAUUUCAUGAAAAAAUGAUUGAAUUUGAUAAACGGCUGGAUUCAUUUAAAAGAUGUUUGAUACCAUUGCAACACGAUAUUAAUACUUUAUGCGAAGCUGGAUAUUUUUAUUCAGGCAAUGGUUAUUCUGAUACUAUGACAUGUUUCUACUGCAAUGAUACUCGAGGUGAAUGGACUGAAAACGAAGAACCAUGGGUAGUACACGCCAAACGGUCAAAAAAUUGUAGUUAUUUAUUAUUAAAGAAAGGCAAAAGCUUUAGUAACAUGGUACAUGCCGUGAAAAGAGAUAUCAUAAAGUCUAAUCAACUGGAAUUAUUCAAGUUAAUUGCUGCAAAGAAUAAUACACUUACUAUCGGAAAAAAUAUGAAAAUACAGUCAACAAAAAAGCAUAUUAAUAGGAUACGAAUUACCAAACUGUCAUCAAAUAAAAUUCAAGAGCAUUGUUUUCAAAUGCUGGAUCCUAAUAUAUUACCAGAUAGUAUGAUAUGUAAAAUUUGCUAUAAAGAAGAAAUUCAAGUUGCUGUUAUUCCCUGCGGUCAUACUAUUUCUUGCAUUCAAUGCUCUAUAACUUUCAUACGGUGCGCUGUGUGUAGAGAUUUAUCCUUCAGAUUAAUGAGAGUCUAUUUAUGCAAGGAUAUUAAAAGAUAUAAAUAUCUCAAAUCGGUACCAAGCAGUGCUAAAAUGUCAUCCAACAACACAAUGAACACAAUGCUUUGUAAAGUUUGUCAUAAAGAGGGAAUGACAACAGUAUUUUUACCAUGUAGACAUGUCUACUCCUGUGGUAAAUGUGCAGAACAAAUAGAUAAAUGCCUUAUAUGUAGAGAAGAUGUUUUUUCCUUAGUUAAGUUAUAUUUUUAAGGUUUACAUAGUAUAUACUGUAAUGUGCUUAUACAAUUAAAUACAAGUUUGCUAAUUUAUUAAAUAA